GUGGAUAACAAUGCUGCAGACAUGCAGACCUGUGUGUUGCUUUAUUUCUUGCUCUGGGGAACCUGUGACUCUCAUUAAAUGUGCUAUGGUGUGGGGAAAAGACUUAAGUAUUUUACUCUAAUAUGAAUUCUGUGCUCCGUGAAUGACAAAUUCCGCAGUUUGAGGGGCCUAAACUUGCUAAGUUUACAAAGUUUAUUAUGCACACUGGUCAGCAAAUUAAAUUAACAGUGAACUGCUUAAAACCAGGGACUUUCCCACACAGCCCUAUUUAAACACUGGAGAUCUUUGCAGAUGUCAGUUACUCGCGUUUUAAAAUGUGAUUGGGCAGGUUUGUGGAAGUAAAAAUCAUUGAAGGGGUAUUGACUGCUGAGACAAUACUUUUAGCUUAAGAAGGUCCUGAGCUACAAAUCAGUGGAGAAUGGGGAAAUACACUGAGAAAGCUUGAUGCUACUGGCGCAGCUCUUCCAUCUCUUCCGCAGGUAUCCACUAGUGGCUGCUAUUCCCCGCCGCCGGAAGAGCAUAAACACAGCGCCACCACCCCGCUCCCUGCCUUGCAGUGAUCCAGAAGCAUUUCUUGCUUUGGGGGAAAUAGGGGGGGCAGCUCACCCCAGGGCUCUGGACCAGCCUCUUUUCAGGAAACUCACUCUCUUCAUCAGGGUAUCACCCUUGCCACGUAAUAGGAGAGGGAUUCUGUUAGCAGGACGUUGGGUGAGCCCUGGCAUAGCUGUGUUCGCUUUGCAGAGGUCACUUUUCAUACUCACCUGGCCGCACCUGCAGGUAAGCCCUGAGUAGGUGUAACUAGAGGAAAGGCAUUUGCAUUUCUCGUGCAAACAAGCAGUAGCUCUACUGGGGCUGCAGGGUUGCUAUGAUGCCUGCCAGGCAGGUGCCCUCAGAAAUCAAAUCCAACUUUAUUACAAACCCUGCAGCUGGAAUGAAAGGUGGAGAAGCGCUCUAAGCUUGGUGCUCCUUUUGCCAUAGAAUUAAUGAGAAUGACCAUAAGCAUCUAAUGCUGCAAGGAGGGGUAAUUCCCAAACUCCAUCUCUCCCUCAGUGGUCGCCCACCUGGCUUUCCGCUUCUAUGGCAAGGACACGGUAGGUGGCAGAACCAUGUCUGCGACCUUUGCCUCUUGCACCUGCCUAGGCACGUGCACAGCACAAACUCUGUAAAUCUGAGCUGGGAAAGCACAGCACAGUUUCUGUAAAUACCAAGUAGGCUUUUUCCUGGAAAACAUCUUACGUCUCAUGGUAAUGCAUUUACUUUUGUUUUCUUAGGCCAUCACAAAGAAAGGCAAUAUUAUGAUUAUGUCUCAUAAACCCAUUCCUAUUGUUUAUUAGGUAAUCAGUUAAUAACAUGAGAAGUACAUUCUCAAGGAGGCGAAUGGCUCAUUCCGUUCAGAACUACAGCCUGCAAACCUUCCUAAUCUACAAAAUCCAAUUGCCUCUCACCAACUUGGUAGGCAUCAAGAUGCAUUGGCUGCCACUAGCAUUCCUGUGCAGAAUGUGCCCUGGACCCAUUGGAAGGGUAACAGUAGGAUUUACUCAGCAGCAUUGUUUCUAAGCAACAGGAGAAAGCUGCAGUCCUGUGUGAAGCCAUAGUGUAAUUACCCUGGCACACAGACUGAGUGGCAGAGGCAAGAAAGGAACAGCAACAUCAAGAGGGAAUUCCUCCUCAUAGAUGCCUGAAGCCAGAGGCUCCAAACUCAGAUCCUGAGGCCUAUUCCAAGAGUUGACACAGAUCCCAUUGAGCAUCUGUUCAAGGAGCUAGAGUAUGGAAAGAAAACGCCUGAAGAAAGAGGUUGAAAAACUCCUGGGAGAUUAUGUUGGCAUCGGACUACAAGAAAAUGAAUUUGAUCCAAGCGGACAAAGGCAGCCCACUUUUCUAGAUGACAUGGUCCAUUAUGACUUAGCCUUCAGCAUUGCUUUGCUGUGGCUACGUGACUUGGAUGUUCAGACUGCACUGACAAGAGAGAAAAUGAAUUUUAUAGCUCACAACCGAUACACAUAUCCCAACCGAACUGAGAGAGAAGCUAUGAUACUAUCUUCAUAUGCUGGAAUAUUAAUGAACAGCAUUCCUGUUGAAGAGAUCUUUGAGAUUUACAGGCCCUCAGAAACACGCAGGCGGAGAUCUGCAAAGAACCGCUGGAUUCAACCUUUCAAGCUUUCCCUGCAUCCAUUUGCCAUGCUGACUGCCCCUGAAGCUGCACAGUACGCCUGGAAGCAAAGCAUUAAGUUCCGGACAGCAGCAGCAAAUCGAAAGACCAACCCUGGUUCAAAGAGAGCUAAAAAGGACAGGAAGCAACUGGACUCACUGACCAAAGGAAAGCAACAGGUUGAUAAACUGCCCUGAGCAAGAGAGCUAAGAAAACAUUCCAGCAGCAGGGCUGGAUUUUACCAAGUAAAGGGGCUCCCCCACAACCCUGAGUUCAAUGUGCAUCCCAUGUUGCACAGCAGGAGGGAAGCUGAUCUGCCAUGCAAUCCUCAUCUCUCCUGAUGGAUUCAGCCGUGCAUGCUGUGCUUGCAUUUAUUAACAUUUGCAUCCAGCAGGGAGUUACAGAAGCAAAACAAGGAAUCCCUCCAGAGAAGCCUGGAACAGAGUCAAAAGCAAGGAAUGCAAAGGAAGCAAAGACAUAAAGACCCAGACUUCAUGUACUUAGCUGUAGGUGAGCUAAUGGAUGUCUGCUGCCUUAGCUUUGGUAAUACAUUUGCAACUCAUGUUUUGUUUUGCUUUUUGUUCUGUAUUUAAAUUUUAGCAGUCAUUCCUUCUUUUCCACCUCUCAUAUCUUAUAUCCAAGACUGACAUUCCCCCCUCUUCCCUCAGCCACCUCUUUCCUGCUUCCCUGCCACUGUGUUGGGAGCUUACAUUUUCCCAAUACAUCCCUACUGCUUCUCACACCAUGCUACUUUUACAGAUCCAAAGAGAGGAUGUAGCACUUCAGAGACAGGGAGUACAAACUUCCCCUUGUCCACAGUGCUGUGCAGCUCCCACAUAUGAUCCAGAGUGGGGCAGGAAUGAGCUGCCCUGCGUGUGACACAAGGGUUGUGCCUCUCAGGAUGAUCCCAGUUUCUUCAGCUCUCCUCUGUAACCAUCCUGUUUUCUUAUUUCCUUAGAGGCCUUAGCUAAAGGAAAAGCCUCUCCCUGUAGUGCCAGUGUAGCACUGAAGCCUGUUUUCCAUUCCCUGCUUGCUGGUCUCUAACAGUUUACCUUUGCUAUGCCCAUGCUGUGCUCAAGAACACUCCCCAUGUCCUAGAUGGGCUGUCACAACCCUCAUCCUGGUACUCAUUCUACCUUGGGUUACGAGUUGGGAGCAUGCAGUUCUGCUUCCACAUCCCUUUCUUCCUCUGGCUGGAAGGCUGGGCACACAGAGUGGGAUAUUUCUAUAGGACUCUUUCUACUUAAUUCCAUACAAGUUUCAGGGCUCAAUGGGGUAGUAGAAAAGUUCACUGCUGAGAGGUGUGUUUAACUCUAUUAGAUAUCUUUACAUAUAAAAAUGAUAGAAAUGAAGAUUCCCAGCUACUUCUAGCCAUGGAAUAGAUGUCCAUCCAAAGUAUGGUCUCAUUGUACAGCUGCAUUAACCCAUGCCUUGGAGAUGGUCCUGUACUCUAAUGCAAAAUAUCUGCUUAAGGAAAAAAACAAUAAACAUUUGUGAAGCAAAACCA